GUGCCCUCUGGAGAUGUCACAAUAGAGAACAAAAGAUUGUAUACUUAUCGAUGCACUAUGAAAGCUGGUGUUUCUGUAAUAACUACUUUUUGCAUCUUGCAUAAAGUGCGUUACUUGGAACCCUAUGACUUAAGUAAUAUGAUACAGCGACCAGCUAAAGAUACACAUAACAAGCAACAGUGUCCAAUUAUUCUGACGUGGCCGAUAUCGCAUCGUGUAUUGUUGCUUUUCGGAACCACCGAAGUCUCAAUUGAUAAUGGCAUUCCUGUGCUUGCUGGCAUAUCUGCUCGUGGCCCUGCCGUGUGCUAAUGCAGCUGGCUGGAUCUAUAGUGUCGAUGGUGAACCGGAAUGGGGUUACGGAGGCGGUUCAGGAUCACCGUUCAACUGGGUGACCACGUUUCCCGACUUCUGCUCGGGCCAGCGCCAAUCACCGAUCAACAUAGACACCGAGACGGCAAAGGAAGUUAGUUUCAACUUCUUGAAUCUGCAGGGAUUCUGCAGUCAAGAUCGGCCCCGUCAUGCUUCUCUGAGGGUCGAAAACAACGGACAUUCUGUUGAACUCCAUAUUCACGGCGACUUUUUCAUCAAUGAGGGCGGGCUACCCGGGAAGCAGUAUAAGGUGGAACAACUGCAUUAUCACUGGGGCAACCCGAAUGCCAAGGGAUCUGAGCAUGCCAUUAACGGACGGAAAUUCGAUGCUGAGAUGCAUUUCGUGACGUAUGACACCAACUACACGUCCAUAACCGAAGCGAAAAACCACGUUGAUGGCGUUGCAGUUUUUGCAGCUAUGCUUCAGGUUGGUGUCAACCCACACUUCGAAGGAUCUACACUGGAUGAGUUCAUUAGUGGUCUGCCGAGCCUCGGCCAUAAAGGAGAUUCUUACACCCUUCCGAAGUCGCAACUGAAGGAUCUGAGGGGAUUUCUUCCCGAUAACAUCGACUGGUUCUACCGGUACCGCGGAUCGUUCACCACGCCUCACUGUGACGAACACGUGAUCUGGUCAGUGUGGGAACAGCCAAUAGUGAUCCCGCAAUCAAAGAUGAACAUUUUCUACAAUCUCUAUGCCAACAACGCAACCGACGCUACCCAGGUGAGGCUGAUGGAUAACUACCGCCCUCUACAGGAAGUGAACGGUCGGGCAAUCCUGCACUCUCAUCGUAAUAACUGGUAACCUUGGAAACUGAACUAUGAAAAAGAUAAUCACGAUUCCUUCAUGUCGUUGAAGACCUCAUAAAACUGGUAAAAUAUAAGGUGACUCCGUUGUUUAUCAUAUUAAGGUAACCUUUGUGUAACUUCUGAGUUUUGUAGUUAAUUGGUGAAAGUAUUAAAAUAUGCAUGUAAUCAAUCGAGGAAAAGAAAUACCGUAACAUUCAAAAUUUAAUAAAGUAUGCUUGUAGGACCUAUACGUAAAUCAAUGUUAGUCUUCAUUUUUAUUUGAUUAUAUAUCUUUACUCUCUAAAUUCCAAAGAGUGAAUAUUCACUCCAUUCCAGUAAUGAUUCACUCCCAUAGUCGGAAACUAUAGGGACAAGACCUUUUAGAGUGAAAUUCCUUCAAUCGUAAAGAUCGAGUUUUCACUCGAACUUCGACUGAAGUGGUUCAUUUUUCAGACUAUUUCAAUCGAAAAUGAGAGUCAUUUUCACUCUAUUUAAAACGUCUCGUCCCUAAUUUCACUCUUCAGAACUUAUAGAGUGUAAUAACAAGAAACAAUAAUGGUGUGGUAUGUUAUUUAGCGUUAUGAGUUGAUUCCAAAUAAUUGAAUAUCGAAAUUUUUAUUCAUGUUCCUCAAUGGAAAUGUAAACUAUUCACAGUGUUUUAAAACAAUGAUAUUAAUUAAAUGAAGAUGUAAUACACAAAAGCGGAAUAAUUGCCAUCGUUUAAUGACAAGCCGUAUAUGCUUGCUGUCAACGAAUGCUUCGGAGAUAGUACAAACAUAUGUUAUAUCUACAAAACAAUCAACACCGCAUGCAUAUACAACACAUUUUAUCAAAUUCUCCAAUAUUCAGUGAAAAUAAAAUAUACAAUUAACAAAAAGCGAACAUAUACUGGUGUUCUCGGUUUUCGGAA